AUGGAGCAAUUUCAGUGCCACGCCUACAUAGCGCCUUGGUGGAAAAGAUGGCUUAAGCCACAUCGUCAAUUGAUGAUACAUGGGUCUAGUGCAAACCAGCAAACGGUAGUUCUUCCUCGAGAAUACGAGAGUUGGCUAUACGUGGCGACUCAAUUUGGAUUGGAAGACGACUAUGUCCUGCUCUCAGACUACAUGGCGUGGAAUUGUCGCUUAGGUUUGGGAGAUCAAAUCAUGCACCCCACACCAGAUUUCACCAUGCACAGAAGAAAUAUUACGGUACCCUUGAUCCGUAUUAAAAGUGUUCGAAAUGAUCUCAUGAACGAACUCUUGGCCAAGUUUCACAAGUUACUUGAGGAUCUUCAGGUCAAAUUGUUCUGUCGAGUAGUCAUACUACCAGACGAGGAUCAGUUCAUGUGUACACAUCUCAUAGGCAAACGAAUCCGAGCCUCCAUGACCAGAAUGUCGGUCAAAGAAACCCUCACUGUCUUACAAAGCAUAGCUCAGGGCCAUGAUCCCUCCCAAUGGCCAUCGGAAACGCAAAAUUUCACGGCUACAUUUGAUCCUCGUCACCAUGUUGCGUGCAACAAUGUUACGAGAGCAAUCAAUCAGAAAUUUGAGAAGGUCAUAGCCGCAACCGAUCUUGAAUUAUUGGCCAUGAGGGAAAACGCAGUACGCCUUGGAAGACCACUUUCAAACAAUUUCAAUUCGAACAAAAUCGGGAAGUGGACAUUGCCGUAUCUCCCGGCUUAUGGACUUUCUCCUGAUCAUGCUUUGAACAACAUGGAAAUUGGUAUCACAAAGCAGAAAAGCGGACCGAUUUAUUCAAACUCAGAAAGAUACAAUAAGCGCGAAUCUUGUGCGCGCUCAAUAAACGCUGGCACGGCAGAGAUGAGCGAGACUUCACCGCCCGAGCCGGUGCGUAGACACCUGAUGCCUUCGGAUACUGCAUCUGGACGUCACAGAUCACAUUCAAUAUGA